UUUGUCCACACCACGAAAAUGCAAAAUGUUGUUUAUCUCUUAGUGGUACGUGAAUUAUUAACAAAGUGUUUUUUUAAGAUUUAAAUUCUACUUCAAUUCUUAAAAAUCUAUUCAUUUUUGCCUGAAAUCGAAUGGACUGUGCAUCUAUAUUGUUAUAUUAAUUAAGUAGUAUUACUAUGGACAACCCAGCGUGCUCCACUCUAGAUGUUCCAUCACUUCAUAAGACUGAUCAUACUAGUACUAGUCUAUUCGAUGAUUCCGAAGUGGCGUUAGAGUGCCACUACAACGAAGGUGUAAUCGUGGAUGACGAAGAAAUCGAAGAAAAAAACGAUACGUCGCGAGGUAUCGAAGAAGAUGAGUAUUGCGACGUAGUUUUAAAUAUAAUGCAAUCGUCUCCAAACGAUCACAGAAGUGAUAAAAUAACUGACGGAGAAUCCUGCAGCUCUAAUUCUAGUUCAUGUUUAACAUUUUCCGAUCAUUAUAUUAAGAGAAAACGAAGCGAAGAAAUGGAGAUCGAAGAGACUAAUUUUAAUAGUGUACUGAAAAAUUUGAAAAAAGAAGAAAUUAAAUCAGAAAUCAGCAAUACGAAGAAAAUUAAACUCGAAGAAACCACGACAGCGUUUGAAAAAUAUAAAAUGCAACGUAGUAUUAUUCCUUCUAAAGAAAAUCCACCGGUGGGAAUGUCUUCCUGGCUGCAACAAUUUCAAGAAUGGUCUCAUGCUGAAAGAAUAGUCGCUCUCAAUCAACUUAUCGAUGUUUGUGAGCUUACUCAAAUCAGACACAUGAUGCAGACAAUCGAACCUCAGUUUCAAAGAGAUUUCAUUUCUUUAUUGCCGAAAGAGUUGGCUCUGUAUGUUCUUUCUUUCCUCGAGCCAAGAGAUCUAUUACGUGCCGCUCAGACUUGCCGUUAUUGGAAAUGUUUAACCGAUGACAAUCUAUUGUGGAAAGAAAAGUGCAUCGCAGCUGGUGUUGAUCUAGAGUCAGUAUCAAUGGUCAGUAAACGUCACAAAAAUCGAGUUCCUAAUUCUACUACAUCACCUUGGAAAUUGGCGUAUUUAAGGAAACACAGUAUUGAAAUGAACUGGCGAACGAAUCCGGUCAGAGCUUCGAAAAUUCUCAAAGGUCACGACGACCAUGUUAUAACCUGCCUGCAAUUUUGCGGUAAUAGAAUAGUUAGUGGCUCCGAUGACAAUACUUUGAAAGUUUGGUCCGUUACGACUGGAAAAUGUUUAAAAACAUUAGUCGGUCAUACCGGAGGAGUAUGGUCUUCUCAAAUGUCGGGAAGUAUCAUUAUCAGCGGUUCAACAGACCGAACGCUUAAAGUAUGGAAUGCCGAGACUGGCCAUUGUAUUCAUACGUUAUACGGUCACACGUCUACUGUCAGAUGCAUGCAUUUGCAUGGCAAUACUGUUGUUAGCGGUUCAAGAGACGCCACAUUGAGGGUAUGGGAUAUCGAAAGCGGUGAAUGUCUUCAUAUGCUCGUGGGCCAUGCUGCGGCUGUUCGAUGUGUACAAUACGAUGGCAGAUUAGUUGUUAGUGGAGCAUACGAUUUUACUGUCAAAGUAUGGGAUCCUGAGACUGAAACUUGUUUACAUACUCUGUCUGGUCAUACGAAUCGCGUUUACUCUUUACAAUUUGAUGGCGUACAUGUUGUCAGUGGCUCGUUGGAUACAAGCAUUAGAGUGUGGGAUGUGGAAACGGGUCUAUUAAAACAUACGUUGAUUGGACAUCAGUCUUUAACGUCCGGUAUGGAAUUGAAAAAUAAUAUCUUGGUUUCCGGUAAUGCUGAUUCGACCGUUAAAGUUUGGGAUAUUCUGAGCGGUAGAUGUCUCCAAACUCUUUCUGGUCCGAAUAAGCAUCAAUCAGCUGUCACGUGUUUACAGUUCAAUUCGAGUUUUGUUAUUACCUCUUCGGAUGAUGGGACUGUUAAACUGUGGGAUGUGAAGACAGGUGAAUUCAUAAGAGACCUAGUUUCUUUAGAAAGUGGCGGCAGCGGCGGAGUCGUGUGGCGUAUUCGAGCCAGCGAAACGAAGCUGGUCUGCGCGGUAGGCAGUCGAAACGGUACCGAAGAAACGAAGUUAUUAGUUUUAGAUUUCGACGUCGAAACCAAGUAGCGACAAAAACUGAAAAUCGAAAGAAAGAAGAAAUUCGUAUGUUUUUUUUAGUCAAUUUACGUAAUUGUUAGCAUUACUUUUUAUUUUAUCGUUUGUUUCGCGUUUUUUCCCCCUUCAUCUUUCUUUGUCUUUUGUUUUAUGUGGAGAACCACGAAUCGGUGUGCGACGCUUAUUGUUGUCGGGUAAAUUUAAUUGAAUUUUUUUUAUCGUAUCGUAUCGUAUCGUUAUUUGAAAAAUAAUAGUUUACGGUUUGUGUGUCUGAUUUGCGAAUGUGUCGUGUGUAUGAUGAUCGAAUAUUUGUGAAUUUUGAUCGAGUUCUAUUAAUCGUAUGUUUGAUUCGAUGUUUGUUUAGCGACUCGAUUCCCUAGUUGAAAGAAUGAUUUUAUUUUUCUUAUGUUGUUGAAAAAUUAUAUUUGUUGGUUUGUGUUAAUGAUUGUGAAGAUUAAUUUUUGUUCGAAAUGAAAGGAAAAUGUUUUCUUGUUUGAUAGCCUUUUUUUAGUUGCAGUUGGAAAGAUGUUUACUCGUUAAAUUGUACAUAAUGUGGUGAUCGGUGGACUAUUCUUUCUUACAUCCAUCUCGUGGACGAUUUUAAUUUUUUCUGUGCUGCUGCUUAAGGUGAACACGAUCUGAUUUUUUUCUUGUUUUUGCAAAUAUUUUGGUAUAUUUAUAAUUUCGUGCAAUAACAGCGAGAAAGUAAAAUAGUGUAUUUAUAUUGGAGGGUCAUUGAAGCAAUUUUUGUGGAAUUCGUGCUACGUUACUCACUAAUACAAAGUACAAACACAAGGAUAUGCUUCAGUUACAACCUAAUUCAAAAAUACAGAAA